GAUUGGUCAGACAGCUCCUCGGCCGGCAGGCAGCAGGCAGCUCCAGCACUUGGCGCUCAGUCCCCGCAGGGACCUGGGGCCUCUGCUCUCUGCUCUCUGCUCUCUUGGUGUCUGGCCCAGCCCAGCCGGGGAAGAGGAUUCCCUUUCGGUUCUUAGGAAGCCAUCGUGUUUAGCAAACUCAGACAGAGCCUCACAGCCUAGUCUCUGCAACUGCAGGUAUGAGGUCCAGGCUUCUGAUUUCAGUGGCCCUCCUGCCAACCAUAAGUGAGACCUCGGAGAUGAUGAUGCUGGGAGGCGCCCAGGCUAAAGAUGAGCUGCAAAAUGAUCUUCUGUCAUCACAGAGCCUUGAUGAUUAUGUGAAGUCCAUCUGUCAGCUAGCCCAGCCCACUUCUGUGCUUGAUGGGGCCCAACGUCUCCCCUACAACAGACCACGAAAGCCAUGCAGGCUCAGAGGAAAGACCUUCAAUGAUGUGGCAGCAGCUUCACACAGUGAGAAGUCAAGCCCAACCUCAUCCCUGCAGGACAUCACUGCCCGUUUUAGUGGCCAGCAUCCUACCCUGACUCUGGGCGACAACAUUGACCCCCUAGACUGGCUUUUUGGGGAAUCCCAACCAAAGCGACAGAGCUGGAAAGAUGCCCUGAGGAGGACUGGCUUAUCCACUGACCCUUCCCCUCUGCAUAAACAGACUGAAACAGGAAAGUCCAGAGUUGCCCGCCGAGUCAGAGCCUGUGAAGCAAAGACCCCUGGGAGUCCCCUGACAAAACUGUCUGGUGAGUGGGGCAAGGCUUGGGAGAAAAGGACUCAACCCUCCAUGUUGAACUCUGCCCUGGACUAUUCCAGCAGUCCCCACCAGGGCAGGAUACCCAGGUCUUUGAACUCAAACCUCCCAGUCAUUUAUGAACUGUGACCCCACAAAUAAAGUCUUCUGUAAAUAACA